UGUAUAUAUGUGUAUAGUAGAUAUAAACAUAUUGUAAAUGUAAUUGUGCAUAUAAAUGUUACACUUGCAAUACAUAAUUUUGCAAUAACUCAAUGUUUAUAUUUCCUUAAAAGAUAGCCACCAUAAGUGGAUGAAAACAAUAUUUUAAUGAUUCCUUUUUUUCAACAUGAUUACUCAGGCUGUAAUGGAGAGAAAAGCUGUAUACAAAUGGGAAGAAAUAAAAAGCUGGAAAUCUUAUUACAGACUUAAAACUGUACAUAGCAGAAUUAGUGAAGUGUUGUUAGAAAUGGGGGAUUAAAAAGGCAUUCUGUAGACACAAAAUGUACUGAUCACUUGACUGUUGGAGAACAAAGCUUAAGCAAGCAUACUUGGGAAACACUAAGACUGAGACAGUUUUAAGGAGAGGUUUAAAGAUUAAAGAUAGGAUUAAAGACUUUGGUAAAAAACCAGACAAUUCCAAUACCUGGGAGCUGAGCUAAAAGAACAAGUUGCAGACCAGUGUCCCCAGCCAGACCCUGUCUCAGAAACAAAUGAGAACACAGCUGUUUGCCUGCUCCCAUGUUCCUUAAGUGUGCUUCAGAUAACAGCAGAUAAUCACCAGGAUGGGAGUGAAUGACUUGUGGCAGAUUUUGGAGCCUGUAAAGCAGCAUAUCCACUUGCAGGACCUCAGUGGGAAAACCAUUGCCGUUGACUUGAGUCUCUGGGUGUGCGAGGCACAGACAGUGAAGAAAAUGAUGGGAACUGUCAUGAAGCCCCACCUCAGAAACCUGUUUUUUCGUAUUUCAUAUUUAACUCAAAUGAAUGUCAAACUGGUGUUUGUAAUGGAAGGGGAGCCACCAAAGCUCAAAGCUGAUGUCAUGAGCAAGAGGACUCAGACUCGUUAUGGGCCUGCUGGAAAAACAUGCCCUCAGAAAACAGGGAGACCACAUUUUAAGUCAGUCUUACGAGAGUGCCUAGAAAUGCUAGAGUGCCUAGGAAUUCCCUGGGUCCAGGCUGCUGGGGAAGCCGAAGCCAUGUGUGCUUACCUUAAUGCCAGUGGCCAUGUGGAUGGCUGCCUCACCAACGAUGGUGAUGCUUUUCUGUAUGGAGCCAAGACUGUUUACAGGAAUUUCACUAUGAACGCAAAGGAUCCACAUGUUGACUGUUACACAGUAUCAUCUAUCAAGAGUAAGCUGGGCUUGGAUCGGGAUGCCCUGGUUGGACUGGCGGUGCUUCUUGGGUGUGAUUAUCUUCCAAAGGGAGUGCCUGGCAUUGGAAAAGAACAAGCAUUAAAACUUGUGCGGAUUUUAAAAGGUCAAAGUUUGCUUCAGAGGUUUAACCAGUGGAUUGAAGAACCUUGCUCCUCUAUUCCACAACCAGCAGCUAAAAAAGUGGCUCACUGCUCUGUGUGUUCCCAUCCAGGUUCACCUAAGGAUCAUGAGCGUAAUGGAUGCACAUUAUGUAAAAGUGAUAGAUACUGUGAACCGCAUGAUUAUGAAUACCACUGUCCUUGUGAAUGGCACCAGACAGACCAUAAUAGGCAACUAAAUGAAGUAGAAAACAUCAUUAAAAAGAAAGCUUGCAGUUGCAAAGGAUUUCCAUUCCACGAGGUCAUCCAAGAAUUCCUUUUGAAUAAGGAUAAAAUUUUGAAACCCAUCAGGUACCAAAGACCUGAUUUAUUAUUGUUUCAGAGAUUUACCAUUCAAAAAAUGGAGUGGCCCAAUCACUAUGCCUGUGAGAAAUUGUUGAUGCUAUUGACCCGCUAUGACAUGACAGAAAGAAAACUUGGGAGAAAGAACUCUAGUCAACUACAGCCAAUUAGAAUUGUUAAGCCUCGAAUCAGAAAUGGAGUUCGUUGUCUUGAAAUAGAAUGGGAAAAGCCUGAACAUUUUGCUGUGGAAGACACAGAGGCUGGGGCACUGGAUCUCCUUACCAUCGAAGAGGCAUCCCUGUUUGAAGCAGCCUAUCCUGAGGUGGUUGCUGUCUACCAGAAACAACAGUUAGAAACUCAGGGGAAGAAACACAAGAGUGUGAAAGUUAAGCCUAAAGGAAACAGUUUACCAGAAUCAGAUAAUACAGUCAGUUAUCAAUCACUUAUGACUUUAAAACCUACAUGUGAAGUUUUCCCCAAGCAUAAUCCCAAAAUUAGUUUGGAAAUUUCUCCAGAUCUUAUUUUACCACAGGAAUCUGCUUCUCCCUCAUUGAGUAGUUUUGUUUUCUCAGAAAAUGCUCCCUGUUUGAAUUUGCAAGAACAUUUCAUGCCUUCUCCGAGACCUUUAGCUGGAAAGCAAACUAAAGAUGUCAGUGAUUUUAUAGGUUCAGAAUGUAGUCAGCCCAGCUCUUUAUCCCCUACUAGUUCUGUGAUUGCUAAUCUUCAGUUGAGUACCAUUGACUGGAAAGAGACUUCUUUUAGUAAUUCUCCAGCUGUUCAAGAACACCCUUUGUCUCAAGAUUUACAACCAGAACUUGAAUCAUCAGCCAUCCUUCCUGGCUUUGAAAAUUCUCCAGAACAAUUGUCAUACAAAUCAGAACAAUGCACCACAAACAAUGAAAUGUUGGGUAGAGAUCUUCAAAAGAUUAUUCCUGAAGAACAUCUGCUUCCUGGAGUCACUGGUUUAUGUCUUCAUGAUUUGCCUCUAAAGGAACGAAUACAUAUAAAAUCCUCACGCCCUCAGCAUAAUGUCCAAGCAAAUGCUAACCUGGAAAGUGUGCCCCUAAAAGUAAAAGGCUCUUGUAUUACUGACAGUAAUUCUGUUUGUUUAUCAAAUUUCUCAAAGGAAUUUCCAGGAACAAAUCUAUACAAAGAGUCCAAAAGCUUGAAAGUACUAGACAACCAACUCCUUCUAGACAAUUCGACAGUAAAUACUUCCAUACCUUAUUCGUUUGAUGACAAAGUGGUAAAGGCGUACUCACUUCACAUUGGGCCCCCAAAUACUGCUCUACCUCAUAAUCUAAAAGUUGAUGAGAGGACUACUAAGAAACUUGUGAAGAAUAGUGUUUGCCUCAAGAGAGAUUCCUCAGAUGAAGAAAGUGCUCCAGUGUCCUGGAAAGCUCAGUAUGCUGCUCCAAAAAUGAAACACAGUUCUCAGAAGCAUAGCCUAGCCCAGGUCAGAGACAGUAGUCACAGCAAACUCAGCAAUCCCAAAAUAGACACCAAAGAAACCAAACUGUGCACAAAGUCUUCUACAACAGCUGGAGGUGAAGAAAACUGGUUCUCAGACCCAGCAAAAAGGACCCAGAGUUUUAUACAAGAUCGUAAAAAGGAUGAAGACUCCACUGCCUGCUUGGAAAGUCCUCUCCCUUUAAGCCAGAGGUUAAAACUCAGAUUCCAGAACACUGGAAGUAGAUUUGAAAAUACUUAAGUUUAAUUUAUUUGGGUGUUGUCAGCAUUAGCAGAAGCCAGGCAGUGCUGUCUAGUUCAUGUUUGGUAGAAAAUUUACAUGACUGUGCCAUUUUAAUCAAAAUUGUAACUUAUGAUGGUAGCAGCCAUGUAUGGCUCAUUCCUAUAAUCACAGCACUUAGGAGGUGGAUAGAGUCUGGAGGAUCAGGAGUUCAAGGUUAUCCUCUGGUAUAUGGAGAGUUUCAGGCUAAUCUAAUUUAUCUAAGGAAGAAAAAAAAUUAAAACUUUGAUUACAAAAUAUGACAGCUUCAAAUAAUGUAUUUUUAGGAACUAUUUUACCAUUCUUGAAAUGUCUUUACUGAGUAUCUAGCAUUGAUGUAUUAGUGUAUCCUUUGAUAGAGUAAAUGUGUUACCAGUUUUUAGUUCUUAUAUAAGCCUCUGAAGCAUUUGUUACAGUCUAGCUUAUUCUCAAGAGGGUAACACUUUGUAAUUGUAUCCAGUGCCUUUUAUUGGCCCUUCCUAAUGGCUCUAUUUCUCUUCAUGUUAAAGUACCAUUAACAUGCUCUUUAGUGUUGUCAUGUUUAAGAAAUGAAAAUGGAAGAAGAGGGUGAUGUGGAGUAAAGUGUGUUUGUAAAGUCUGGAUAAGGAAAGUUAUUCCUUAUGUGCAUUCAGAAGUUCACAGGCACUACAAGUGGGGAAUGUUCUUCAAAUCAGGUGUAAAACCAAAGGGAACUGAAGCUUACCCAGGAUCACACAGUUAGUAAUAGCAAGGGUGUGAGUACCACCUUUGCUUUCUAGUUUGGACCUUAUGGUUUUUUUUUUCUCUUUUGUUUUUAAUUUAUGAAACUGUUCCCUUUUGUUUUAAAAAUUAGUUUUUAAUUCCUAUAAACAUUAAGUCUUGCAUAAAUUGUAUUCAAAAAUUCUGGAGGCAUCCGGAUUCUGAAAGAAACAGUGCAACUGUUUGUAAAUGACUGGAGCCUGAAAGUAGAAAAUCCUAAUGAAUCCAUCAAAUCCAUUAAAAGCAAGCUGGAUGUGAUGACACAUGCCUUUAUCCCAGAACUUGGAAGGCAGAGGUAGGUGGAUCUCUGAGUUCAGGGCUAGCCUGGUA